AUGUGUGACUGGCGCCAUGCGCAGCUUAUCCGCGGCGUUACCGCAGAGCAGGCCUGCGCCGCUAGAGGAGUUACCUUCAAGAUGGCAGUUCACGAGGAAACUCUGUCGCAAUGCAAUGCGAUGAAGAGAGUGCUCGAAACUAAUAACGAGUGCUUUCACGCCGGUGUCCAACCAGAAACUUGUGAAAACACACUUGAUUACGAUAAGAUAAAGGCGGCUGCUACUUUGUUGUGCUACGAAACUUGCGUCGAAAGUGUUUGCAAACUACAACGAAAACAAGACCUGACCGGACCGGUCACAAUAUACUCGAAACCAUUCUCUGAAAGAGCUGUGUACCUCGAGCCUAAAACAAAAAAAGUAAAAGUGAAGCACGAACAGUGUUGUUUGGCAUGA